UCCCAUAUAUUAAUGAAUAAAUAUUUUUUUUAAUGAAGCGUUACAAAAAUCCUUUUGAAACGGCUAUUGAAGAGGAGCAGGAUGAAUCUCCUCCAGAGUCCCCUGUUUGUGACGGUGGCAGAAGUGGAGAUGGUAACGACGAUGUUGGCCUUCCUCGGCAGGUGAAGAAACUUAAAACCUCUGAGGAUACGGAAGUUAAUGAUCGUGAGAAGAAGGUAGUGAAGAUGCAUGCUCUUAUAUCGCAGUUCACAGAGGAACAAAUGAGCAGAUAUGAAUGUUUCAGGAGAUCUACUCUUCACAAAUCAAGCAUGAAGAAAUUAUUAGAGACAAUCAUAGGGAUUAAGAAUAUGAACAACGACGACCCUAGGCUUUCCGUUGUUAGUGGUAUAGCAAAAAUGUUUGUUGGUGAGCUGGUGGAAACAGCUCGACUGAUUAUGGUGAAAAGGAACGAGUCAGGACACAUCAAGCCUUGCCAUAUCCGAGAGUCCUACCGUAGGCUCAAGCUACAAGGUAAAGUGCCUCAAAGGACAGUUCCCCGCCUUUUCCGAUAAGUCGGAGAGACAAUCAUUGUAUCUUCAAAGCCAAACCCAUAGCAUAUGAAUUGUUUUGUUUUUUUGUUUUGCUUUGUAAAUGUGCUGGUACUAUUCAGAUAAACAAGACAGAUAGAUCGGAUAGGGAACACAUGCAAAACAGACAAUAGAUAAAAGUCUGCGCUUUAAAGUCGUGAAUGAUUUUACGUACAUGUACGUCUUUGCUCAAUUCACAAAUCAUUCACAAACCGCACUGUCAAGUUUUGUCGUUUUUGUGUGUUUCUAUGUACAAAUCAAUGAAUCAUGAUUCAGAUUCGCAGUUGUCUCCUAAAUACCAUUUACUGUAAUGAUCCAGAGACAGAUGAAGUAAUAAAGAACAAGCAUGGUUGGUGGGAGCUGGAGAAUCAUCACUUACUCCCAUAGAUUUCUACAUGUUAGGAGUCUUCAAAUAAAUCUGGUAGUCCCAUUGUUUUGCGUCAAUUCAAAACAAAUAAAAGUCUAAUAGAAACCCAUAAAAACAAUUUAACAAAAGUUUCACAAUCCUAAAAGUCCAUUACUCAACAUUUCACAAUAUAUCAAGUGCUUCAGCAAAUUCUCUGUUACAUUCAAAAAAUUUGAAAACAUUACCUGAGUAAGAAAUUGGAUCUUCCGAACCCAGAAUCUCGUAGAGCCACUGAGACCUUACACCACAACCGAAGAGACUUCCAAGAAAACGCUAUUCGAAAAGGUUUUACGCAAAAUGAGAUUCUGAUUUUAAAAAGAAAAUAAACCUUUGUUUUCACAGUUUCUUCAUCAGACAUGACUCAUGAGAUAACUAAACGACCGCGUAUCAGAGUCAUUAGUGUGUUGAGCUUUGAAACGGCGGCGUAUUGGGCGUUUGAAGUUAUAUAUUUUCGCCCACAUCGGAAACACAGAGAAGUGCCGUUCUGUUUAUAUAGCGAAGAGAAGAAGACAGAGGUCACGACCUUACUUGAACAGGAUCUGUUCUAUAGGCUCGUACCUCUGUAUCCUUGAUUUCUAAGGAGACAGGCCCCUUAACCUGGUUGAUGAAUCAUGCCCGUGCGAUCUGAGUGUGAUUAACGGCUAGGAUUGUCCUCGGACUCUCCGCGCUGUAGAGGAUCGCUAUCCGGCUCGGUCUUGACCUUUCCGGAGUGGUCGCACGGUUGUCUGACAGGCUUCCUUUUU